GUUGUUUCACCUACUCUCUUGGGAUUGAAACUCUUGGAUUGGUGCCAUCCUCUUAUUCCGUUCCCUGGCUCUCUUUAUUUGGAGACUCUGUACAGCGAAGGUAUACCGGUCUAUCGGUUUAUCCAACGCCCAGGCGAUCUGGUAUGGAUUAACGCGGGAACAGUGCACUGGGUUCAGGCAAUCGGUUGGUGUAAUAAUAUUGCCUGGAAUGUGGGACCGUUAACCGCUCGCCAAUAUCAACUGGCUGCCGAGCGCUAUGAGUUCAAUCGAUUGCGUGGAGUCAAAUCCAUUGUACCAAUGAUUCACUUCAGUUGGCAGCUGGCGAAGAAUAAGCGGGGUACUUCGAGUUUCCUCUCGACGAUGGGAGAAGUCUUCGCACUUCAUUGGACAGCUACCGCCCACCCAAGUGCUGUCCCGUCCACGUUCCGCUUGUCCCACUGGGUGCAUGAGGAUAAGGGCCGAUCCCGAAAAGCGGACCGAUAA